UUCAUUUUUCACACACCGUUUCUUUCGCUUCACCGAGAAACACUCCUCAACUCUAUCUUAUUGCUCAAUCCUCUCCCUUCAUUCUCUCUCUCUCUCUUCAACAACUCAAAUUCAUACCCACUAUAUAAUUCAGAUGCAUAGAUCCAAAGCUGCAAUCUUUUCUCAAUUGGGUCCUUGAAACAAAUGCAAUUCCAUCGAAAACAUUACUCUACGAACUUCAAUUCUGUGAUUGUUUUGUUAGUAUAAUCCCAAAGUUACUAUUUUUAUUUUUUUUUAAAUUUUUUUGGUGUUUCAAUCAAUCAAAAUUCAACAUCCAUGUCACGAAUCUUCUCGAGAUGGAAGAAGGUGAAGGAAGUGGCGUCACUCUCCGACACCCAUUUGGUCGAUUCUCCGGUUAAUAUGACCCGAAUUCGGUACCGAACCGGUUUGAAUUACCGGUUCAACCGUGUGCGCCCAAUCUCGACCCAUCUGAAUCACCAUAUCCACAUCACUGGCGGGGUCGGACAUCAUCGCCGGCGGGAGGCACUCGUCGGGGUUCAGGAGCGGUACAAAUGGGACCGGGGUGGAUCCGAUGACAACCCGAUCCGGAAGAUUCGGGCAGAGGCAAACUGCCCGCGUUGCAGCAAGGACAUGAACCUCGUAUUCUCCAAUCGCCAUUUUCCGACCACAUCAGCUUCUGAUUCUGAUUCAGGUUCUGGUUCGAGUUUGGCGCUACAUGUUCCUGUGAAUGGUGGUGGAGAAGGUGGUAGUGCUGGUUACCAAGCGGUGAAUCUGUGUCCAACUUGCAAAACCGCUUAUUACUUUAAACCUUUCAGCACUUCACCAUUGCAAGGUACCUUUGUGGAGAUUGGGAGGGUAACUAAUAGUGGCAGCAAUGGCAAUGGCAAUGGCUGUGGCAAAUCUCAAUCUUCUAGGAGGAUCACACAUGGGAAGAAUGGUGGUGGUGGUAAAGAGGGUGGUGGAAAUAGUAGUGGUCAUGGUGGUGGUGAUGGUGAAGAUUAUGGUUCUAAGAAUGGCGGUGGUGGUAGCUGGCUUGAGGCUUCAUUGUGGGACACUUUAAGGUCCUACAAUGGUGGUGGUGGUGGUGGUAAUAGUGGGGAGCCACCUGAGGUAUGGCCUCCACCACCAGGUGGUAACAAUGUGAAUGGUUUGGCUGUUCAUAAUCCUCCAGGGCCGCCUUUCAUGCAUGGGAUGAAUAUCCGUGCUCCGGGGUCCCGGGAAGGUGGCUCUGGCGGUAGAGGUGGAGGUGGCGGAAAUGAAGAAAAGACUUCUUGGGGAGGGUCUAAUUUGGGUAAGGAUUUGCCAUCCCCAAAGGAGAUUUGUAAGGGACUUGACAAGUUUGUAAUUGGACAAGAGAGAGCUAAGAAGGUGCUUUCUGUAGCUGUUUAUAACCACUAUAAAAGAAUAUACCACUCCACUUUGCAGAAAGGGUCAGGGGCAGAUCCUGGAGUUUCAGAGGGGUUAGAUGAUGACGAUAAUGUUGAGCUAGAAAAGAGUAAUGUUCUUCUCAUGGGUCCAACAGGAUCAGGGAAGACGCUACUCGCGAAAACACUAGCUAGAUUUGUGAAUGUUCCGUUUGUCAUUGCUGAUGCAACAACCUUAACACAGGCUGGUUAUGUUGGAGAAGAUGUCGAAUCAAUACUGUACAAACUACUUGCGGCAGCAGACUUCAAUGUUGCAGCAGCUCAACAAGGGAUAAUUUACAUUGAUGAAGUUGACAAGAUAACUAAGAAGGCUGAGAGCUUAAAUAUCAGCCGGGAUGUUUCUGGCGAGGGUGUUCAGCAGGCAUUAUUAAAAAUGCUUGAAGGAACUAUAGUAAAUGUUCCUGAGAAAGGGGCUAGGAAGCAUCCGCGGGGUGAUAACAUACAGAUGGACACAAAGAAUAUUCUUUUCAUUUGUGGCGGAGCAUUUAUUGAUCUUGAAAAGACAAUUUCAGAGAGACGGCAAGAUUCUUCUAUUGGUUUCGGAGCCCCAGUUCGUGCCAACAUGAGAGCUGGUGGAAUAAUUGAUGCUGUACUAACAUCAUCUUUACUUGAGUCGGUGGAGAGUUCCGAUCUUAUUGCAUAUGGUCUCAUACCAGAGUUUAUUGGACGAUUUCCCAUCUUAGUGAGCUUGACAGCUUUAACUGAAGAGCAACUUAUGCUGGUCCUAUCAGAACCAAAGAAUGCUCUUGGAAAGCAGUACAAGAAAUUAUUCAGCAUGAAUGAUGUAAAGCUACACUUCACAGAUAAAGCUCUCAGACUGAUUGCACAGAAAGCAAUGGCCAAAAAUACCGGUGCCAGAGGUUUAAGAGCUCUACUCGAAAGUAUUUUAACCGACACAAUGUUUGAGGUUCCAGAACUUAAGACCGGAGAUGAACGAAUCGAUGCAGUAGUUGUUGAUGAAGAGUCAGUAGGAUCAAUAAACACCCCUGGAUGUGGAGGAAAAAUUCUUCGUGGAGACAAUGCUUUGGAGAAAUACCUCGCUAAGACGAAGGAUUCACAGGAAAAUGUUAACUUAGCUGAAUCAGACUCACAAGAUGGAGAUUCAGAGCUUUCAUCAAGGGCCAUGAGCUUGUAAUAUUAUAGUUAACCAUAAAUAUAUAGUGUAUAAUUUACCAUUGCUAUUUUGUAAAGAUCACAUUUGAAAAUUUGCUGUAAUUAUCCCCUUGUAUAACAGCAUAGCUACUGGUUUAAGUUCACUUGAUAGGAAGGAAAAAAAAAAGGGAAAAGAAAGGUGUAGUGUAGCAUUGCUAAUUUAGGCAGCACAUUAUACAAAGUCUCAAUUGGUUUAUGAGGGAGUGUGAAUGUUGUGAUUGAAGACAUUUUCUCUCUUGCUGGUGUCAACAGAGAUCAAAGGAUGACUGAAAGGCUCUAUUGAUUCUGGUUCUUUAUGUCAUAUCAUUUUUCCUUUUUUUCCCUUUUGUUGUUGAAGCCAUUCCCUUCUUUUUUAUGUAUAUGGGAACAAGUUUCAAAAAUAAUUCAGCUAAUGUUUUAUUCUCAUGCUAACUUGAUGUCUUGUGACAAGUCUAUUUGAAUGGAUUUUGAUGAUAACCAAAAAUGGGAUGCAAGAUGUUUGUAUAGUCCAUGAGUUAUCCAAUUGUACUAUAAAUUGUACCAAAAUACAAUCUGUUAACUUUUACAUGAUACUCAUCUUAUCCAAUUGACAUCAUUUAUUGCAUCAAACAAGCAUGGUCUCUACUUUACAUAUUCUUAUAUUUUUCAUUUUGAUGGAAUUUGAUAUAGACACCCUUGAAGGCAUGAUAUUAAGUAGUUUUUAUAGAAGAUGUGAUUUACCUAUAAUUCCAAGAAACCAACUAAAAAUAUGU